UGCUCGUUCUGUACCCCCGCUCAACCCCUCUCUCUGCUCUCUCUUCCUGAUUAUAUCUCUGUUCGGAGCAUCCCGAGAGAGCUCAAGCUAUCAACCAUGCUGGUCUAUAAGGAUUUACUAACUGGUGAUGAGCUUCUCUCUGACUCAUUUUGCUACAAGGAAAUUGAGAGCGGGGUUCUGUGGGAGGUUGAGGGAAAGUGGGUGGUCCAGGGAGCAGUUGAUGUAGAUAUUGGAGCAAACCCAUCUGCAGAAGGUGCUGAUGAGGAUGAGGGGGUUGACGACAAAGCUGUUAAGGUGGUUGACAUUGUUGACACUUUCAGACUCCAGGAGCAACCUCCCUUUGAUAAGAAGCAAUUUGUAGCGUACAUUAAGAAAUACAUCAAACUGUUGACCCCUAAGCUGGAUGCCGAGAAACAGGAGGUGUUCAAAAAAAACAUUGAGGGAGCAACCAAGUUCCUGCUCUCAAAGCUUAGUGACCUGCAAUUUUUUGUGGGGGAGAGCAUGAGUGACGAUAGCACUCUUGUGUUUGCUUAUUACAAGGAUGGCGCUUCAGACCCAACAUUCUUGUACUUUGCCCAUGGUCUCAAGGAAGUUAAGUGCUAGAUGGUGUGCAAUGAACUACAAAUGGGUUUUUGCAGCUCUAAUUCUUAAAAUCCUAAUAUUUGUAUUUUUGGAUUUGUGUAAUGGGAUUUCUAAGUUUCUCCAGAAUGAUAAUUGCUUUUGCUUUCUAAAUUAAGUAAUAAACACAACUUCGUUUAUGUUUGACUUA